CCAGCAGGGCGGACGGGGGGUCGGAAAGAAAGUCUUUCUCCUCGCGAGUGCAGCUCCUUUUCCACUUUUACUCGUUUUUGUCUAUGGCCAGGAUAUAAUUUUGCAGAUUCGUUUCCUUCCACUCUGUCAGUUCGUUCCUGAAGCUCGCGCCGAACGAGUCCGUCGGGUGCCCCUCGUCCACGUUCCUCGCCUUGGAUUAAUUCUCUCGGUUUUUGGUUUCGUUCGCGGUGCCCGACCGUUGGAGUUUGUAACGCUAGUGCUGUUUAUCCGUUUUCAAGUGCUGUGAUUUAAAAGUGCGGAGCUUUGGACCACAAGUCACGGCUGAAAAUGUACGGUCGCGGCAAGGAUUUAAAAACUUACAUAUUGCUCUGACAAAUUUCUCCCAUUGGACGUAUCAAAUACUAAAAGUGAUGUGGUAUCCGGGGUAGCCUGAUUGGACCGCAAAAAAUCUACGACCCACCGAGAGGGAUGCUGCAGGCUGGAUGAGCUGAAUGGACUUCAUUGAUCUCGGCAGGAAUUCUACGGAGUUGCAGAGCAGUUGGAGACCGGAAGUGAAUCAGAGCAUGUAGCCGAUGACAAGCUGAGCAGAGCAAGUCGAAAAUCAAAAUUAAAACUAAUCACAAAGCAGAGUAUCAUGUUGUUUUUCGGGUCGACGAUAGGGCUUCUGGUCUCGUUCACUUUCACGACAUGCGUUUCCGUUCAGUUCCCGGCCGACGAGGCCCUGGAAUCUUCCAACAGCUCGGCCCGCUCGAAGCAGGAGCGACAGUCCAAGGCCUUGCACAGCUACCUGGUCACGUCGCGGCCCUACCAGCUCAUCAAUACCUCCACCCCCGCCACGGAGCCGAAAUGGCGGCGCGAGCUCUACAUAACGACGACGCUGGGCGCGGGCACCAACAGCUAUGAGCCCGCCGCCGCCAGCUUCUCGGACUGCUCGUCCAACUCUCAGUCGUGCCAAAACCUCAAGCAAGAGGACAGCCCCACGUUCCGCCCCUACUCGCAGGCCGAGCUGGACAAGAUCCUCCGGGAGUACCGCGAGAAGAACAAAACCGAGCACCACUCCAAGCUCAACUCCAUAGAGCCCCUCUACGGGGCGGCUUCGAACAUAAUCGCCUCCACGAGCAGCUCCGUGGACACGAUCCUCCACGACAAGUCCAAGUCGUACCACCACUCGUCGAACCAGCACAAGAACCCUUACGACGACCGCCAGGGGUGGGUCACCCUCGAGCCGGUGGCCUGGUCCUCGAGCCAGGUCCAGAAGUGGGAGCCGAACCCGAACCGACCCACGUGGCCGGUGCCCUCCGAGGUGGCCCAGUGGAACGGGCCGCCCUCCACGCCGCAGUACGGGGCGCCCUCGCCGGAGCACAGCCCCUGGACGACGGACCGACCCUGGAAGCCGCCCUCCUACCAGUACGGCUCCGGGGGUCGGCCGCCGGUCGUCCAGUCUCACUACACGCCCAUCUCCUCCGGGCACCUCCAGUUCGCCUCGAGCAACAACAACUACGGGCCCCCGCACGGCGGCGGAGGCUGGGGCGGCGGCUCCAGCCACCCCGACAUCAUCACCGACGGCCGACCGGACUUCCCGCCCGACGAGCCCUCCUCCGGCCACAAGCCGUGGGGCGGCUCCCAGUCCUACGGCCCGCCCAAGCCGCACACGCAGGUCGUCUACCAGGGCCCGAUCGGCGCUCACGAGAAGCCCUCCUACCCCUCCGAGAACGGCGAGGGCCACUGGGUCCUCCUGUCCAGCACCAAGGGCUAUUCCAUCCCCCAGCGGCACCGCAACAUGGCCCGCUCCAUCCGCUUCGACCCCUCCCAGGAGGAGGAGCCGAAGAGAGAGCGAGUCGCCUCCACGCGAAGCGUUCGGCUGGAGGUCCUCCCGCCGCUCAACGGCUCCGAGACCAAGAUCACGCAUGGAGGAAUCCUCGAGGUAGAGAAGACGCAUCAGACGGUGGACGAGGCGCACAGGGAGCACGUGGCGCGCUCGCUGAGAUUCGCGGUGCCAACGGGGAACGGGACGGUAGAGCGGGUGCCUCGACCUGGUGGACGGGCGGCCAAGGCGACUGCCAGGGCAGACCACGACGCGGACGCCCAUGGGCGAGACGUCCGGCUGGCCGCAGUGGGUGGUGGUGUCAUCCCUGCGACCAUGGCCAUGAUCCUCCCCGUCAUCCUGGCGCGGAAGAAGAGGGCGCCGCGCAGGACUAACCCCGACUUCACCGUCCUUCCCGCGGAGUACGUUUUCGACGGCGCCGACUUGAGGCCGCACAACCAAAGGAUCUUACACGUCUAUGAAUGAAACUAGGCGUCAAUCAGGGAAAGGUCGCUCGGAGACAGACAAUUAAAGGAGACUGAAUUUCCGUGAGGGGUAGCUCUCAGUUAUACACGGCCAUCAUAAUGAAAAUUGACAAAAUUGGCAAUCAUUUGAGUGAGAUACCUACAUCAAGAACCGUGAGAAAUUCUUUGUUUGAAAAUGUUAAAACUUUUAUGGGUAAAUCGAUGUUUAUUAAACAUACUUGAUACUGACGAAAAUUUGUAGACAUUUUGGACGGUUUAAGAAACGCUUGGGAUGCAUGUACAAAAAAAUUGAUCACUCUAUGCAAUGCCUAUCAGCAAUUAAGUGACUCCUGAAAAUCAUCAAGCACCUAGUUCAAUCUUUCCUAGUUCUAGUAGAUGAAGUACACUACCCGUCAUUACAGAUUCACUGAUAAUGUAGUUCAGCUCCUUGCAUUUACAUUUUAGAAACAUUCCUUCCAUCUUUUCCCCAAUUGACAUGCACCUACGACAAUACUUCCCCAUCCUGAAGAACUCAUUUGUUGGAAAAGUGCUUCACGUUUUGAUUUUUGGAAUUCAUUGUUGUCUAUUUUAUUACUUAUACCUAUCUAAAUGUUUAGAGUGGAUAGAGAGCUGUUGGUUGACACGUCAGGUUUGCUAACUCUUUUCUUAGCAUUACUUUCAGUUCAUUUAGAAUCUUUAAGGGAGGAGCUGUCAGAACAACUUCACUCAAAACAAUUAAAAACAAUUUCAGCCGGAGAAAAUUUAUUAACUGACACAAAAUAGAGCAUACGUGUCCAUGUUAUUUGCAAUUCCUUUAUUAUGAAUUUACGAUUAAUGUCUGAACGACAGCUUUUUAUAGAAAUUCUGUACAAUUUUUUGGGGGGCUUAAUAUGACACAUUUGGCUCAAAAUUCUAUUGACAUAAGAAAUAUCAGUUGGCAAAAAAUCUCCGCCCCCCUUCCUUUCACAUAUUAUGUCUUGAUUAUGACGAUCAACAUUGAUUAUGUCUUUCAGACGCACAUGUUCUUCUCAUGAUACAUAAUAGGUCAGUAUACUGAUGAAAAAUCGGAUUGUACCCUAUAUUGGGCCUGUCAUUCCUACUUUCUCCUCAAAAACGGAAGUUGUUACGGAAGAACACGCCGAGAGAAAUGGAAGAUGACUGAGCUAGCAAACCUGGUGUGGUUGAAGAAGAAGCUGUACAUAAUUCAAUUCAGAAGGGGGGGGGGCGGCUUGUUAUGUUCUGAUAAAUUUCCUCCGCAGUUUUCAUAUUCAUGAGAGUUAGGAGGUGAAACAUCAAAAUUCUGACGGAUGCAGAAAAUGGAGAUAAUCGGGUAAUUUUCUUUCUGUUUCUCCAUUGAGAUCCAUUAAAUGAAAAUUGAAUUUUUUACACAAGGAUGCAUUUUUUGGCUACCUAUUAACUACAACAGCUUAGACUUCCAAUACCAGAGUUUAAGCUGAGAAUUUCAAACUGAUCUUGGUUCAGAAAGUAAAAAACCUUGUUCAUUAAAGCCAACAGAAACUUUGUCACAUCAGGCAAAAGAAAACUCCUAAUGGACUAAACAAUGCCUUUCUAUCAUUACUAAUGCUCCUUUUUUACAAACAGGCACUUUAUUAUAAAUAGAUGUGACACAACCUGGUUAAGAAUCCAAUGUACACUAAUUUAAUUUUAAGGUUUUUGUUUUUAUUUAUUUUCUUAAUUUAUUAUGUUUUGUUAACUUAUUUAUAUUUGAUUGCAAAUUAGACUAUUAUUACUCGUUAAAGUUUUUGUACAUUUUACCAUUCUCAAGGAGGAAAUAAAAAACAGAAAACAAUCAAAAAUUUAC